UCGUCCUCGUGCUGGAGCGGUGCACGUCCGUAACACGUGAGCUCUCUCUCUGCACAGCGAUCUGCGCCUCAUCAACAACGAAGGUUCCUUCGCAGCCUUGCUAGUGGUGAUCGCAGGUGUCAUACUCAGGGCAAGCGGAAGCACGCAAGUAAGGAGUUGUUGUUGACUGCCUUCGUUCUUUCCCAAGAUGGCGAAGUCGAUGGGCAUGAACCUGGCCUCCGGGCUUCAGGGCAUGCUGAAGGACGGCCACAACUCCUACGAAGGUGUGGACGAGGCUAUCAUGAGGAACAUCAACGCGGCGAAGGAGCUGGCCGCCAUCGUUAGGACAUCCCUUGGGCCCAACGGCAUGAACAAGCUGGUGGUGAACCACUUGGACAAGACCAUCGUCACGAGCGACGGAGCGACCAUCGUCCAGGAGCUGGAGGUCAUGCACCCGGCGGCGAAGAUGGUGGUAUUGGCAUCGCAGAUGCAGGAGCAGGAGGCCGGCGACGGCACCAGUCUUGUGGUCACCCUGACGGGCGAGCUGCUCAAGCUGGCGGCGGACCUGCUAAGGGAGGGCCUCCACACGGCGGAGAUCCUUGAAGGGUACCGCGCCGCGUACAUGAAGACCCAGGAGAUCCUUCCCUCCCUUGUGUGCCACACCGUCGCCGACGUCAGGGAUCCCAAGCAGCUCGCCUUCGCGAUUAAGACCGUGAUCGGCUCCAAGCAGUACGGCUUUGAGGACGCCCUGUCGCCGUUCGUGGCGGAGGCGUGCCUGGCGGUCAUGCCGCCGGCGCCGGCCAAGGCGAUGCUGGCGGUAGAGAACGUGCGCGUGUGCAAGCUGUUGGGGGGCAGCACGGCCGACUCGCACGUAGUUCGCGGGAUGGUUGUUCAGCGCGACUCUCAGGGUCUGGUGAAGCGUGCGGAGAAUGCGAAGGUGGCGGUUUUCGCGUGCGGGCUGGAGAUGUCGUCCACAGAGACGAAGGGCACCGUGCUCAUUCGCACGGGCGAGGAGCUCAUGUCCUACAACAAGGGUGAGGAGAAGGUGGUGGAGGACGCGAUGAAGUCUAUCGCGGACGCCGGAACCAAGGUCAUCGUGGCGGGGGGCACGGUGAGCGACAUGUGCAUGCACUUCAUCGAGAAGUACGAGAUGAUGGUCAUCAAGGUCCUCAGCAAGUGGGAGCUGCGGCGCAUCUGCAACGCAGUGCACGCGACCGCGCUCGUUCGGAUGGGGGCCCCGACGCCCGACGAGAUGGGAGACUGCGCCCUCGUGGAGGUGCGGGAGGUGGGGCUGCGGAAGGUGACGGUGUUCAGCCAGGACGACGAUGACUCCCGCAUCGCCACGAUCGUCCUAAGGGCCAGCACGCAGUCUCUGCUGAACGACCUUGAGCGCGCGGUGGACGACAGCGUGGCGUGUGUGCGAGGUCUGUGCCGGGACCCCCGGUUCGUGCCCGGCGGGGGCGCCACCGAGAUGGAGCUGGCGCACCAGAUCUUCAAGCACGGGGAAUCCCAGACGGGGCUGGACCAGUACGCCAUCAAGAAGUUCGCCGAGGCCCUGGAGGUGGUUCCUCGCAUUCUCUCAGAAACGUCUGGGCAGGACGCAGAGAAGGUUCUCGCGACCCUUCGCACCGCCCACGCCAACGGGGAGGCCAAGAUGGGCGUGGACGUGGACGAUGACUCCGUGGCGGACAAGUCCGGGGAGGGUGUGGUGGACCUCAUGUCGACGAAGGAGUCGGCCCUACGGUUGGCGGUGGAUGCGGCGGUGACGGUCCUCAGGGUGGACCAGAUCAUCAUGUCGAAGCAAGCAGGCGGGCCUAAGCCAAGAGCGCCGAAGGGAGACGACGAGUAG